AUGCUCUCCCACAACUAUCCCUCCUUCGCCCGCUCCGCGCCCCCAGUUCGACCCUCUCGGUCGCUGGACGGGCUGGAGCGAGUGAUCCCCCCAACACCAACCUUGCCCUACACCACCAGGGACAUGGCCUAUUCCUCGACGAAGCUCUGCCAGCCCUUCUCGCCCACCCGCUCCGACCUGUUCCUGAAUAAACCGCUCCCCGCGAGACCUGUCCCCGACGCCCCGGCCGAGUACUCGGUUAUGUGGAGCGACUCGAGCGACAGCGAAAGCACCGUCGACUCGGUCGGCAGUCCCAGCGAACCGCGCAAUUCCACCGAAAGUUAUCCCAUCUUUGUCAGUUCGGGCUCCGAGGACUUCAGCGACUUGGUCGAUCACCCGACCCCCGCAGAUCCAGAUCAUCUUCGCUUGGAGAGUUUGGGUCCGAUCCACCCAUCCCCACCCGCCGCGAAGGAUUCGCGCACGGACGUGGUCGAGUCGGCGGAAGACGACGAGACGGACGAUAGUGACUUCGCCAGCCAUUCGACCACCUCGAAAUCGGAUGCCCAGUAUGGUCGGCUGUCGCAGUGGUCGCAGAACCGGAGCGGCUCCAAUCACUACUUCCGCGAGAAGAAGUGGGACUUCUUCCCGGAGUUGGCGACUCCAUCGGCCUUACAGACGGGCAGUCGGACCAGCCGCAGUCUGCGGGAUCCGAAGCCGCGCAAGAAGGAUGGUCGUCUGAAUAUUUCCAAGCGUCGCAGGUGGCACUCCCUCGACCGGCCUGGUCUGGGGCUGGCGCACGGCGUUCGCGACUCGAUCAAAACCUACGUCCACCGUACACUCUCCCGCGACUCGACAGAAGCCAAAGCCAAAGAGUUUCCGCGACCAUCCACCGCUCCGGGCGACGAGCUUCAAAAACCGUUCCCCUUCAAUCACCCCGAGGAUACGAAGAUCCCCCUCCAUUCCGACGUGCAGGUCCAACUCCGCUCCCGCUCCAUCUCUACCGUCUCCACCACCAGCGACAUCCCAUCGAGCCCCCGCUCCGUCCAGCCCCGCCCAAAGCAACUCGCGGUCCCCAUGUCCAAUUACCAGAAAUACGGACCCGCGAUCUGGGACACCCCCAAGAAACCGAAUUACAGUACCAUGCGGCGACCAAAGCAUUUAGCACCGCGAUCCGCUCCCGCGAGCCCAUCUUCUGCGCAUUUCCCCAUCGCAAACCCAACUCCCCCGCUCACCCCGCCCCUGAAGCUGCAUUUGCAGAACCGCUCGCGGGACGCAGUGCGCGUGAUCCAGGGCAGAAAGAGCCACGUCCUCCUCGCCCUCGACGGAGCGAAGAAGAAGAUGGCCGAGUCGAAGGACGAGCGGCGGCGCGAGCAAUUGAAAGCGCAGAUCAAACUCAUCGGGCCAGUCAAUCCACAUACGUAUAUGCAGGCGGAUCCAUGGGUCUGA